AUGUCGUCGAUGCAGGAGCAUACAAUGACGGCAGCGCCCACGACGAUGCCGAUGGAGUCGCAUCUACAGUGGGAGCACGACUUACAAAUGCCGGCAGUUAUGUUUCUGAAUCACCCAAGUGCACCGGUUCCGGACGAUGGUAUGUUCACCGGCGCAAUCAACCUGGAGUUUGCGGAUUUCACCGCGGUGCACAGGGUUCGCCGCCUCAGUGAAGAAGAGAUGACCAAGCUUUGUCGACAGAUCCAUGAGGAUGUUUCUGCAUCGUCGGAGUCUUCUGAGAGUUGCCCACCAAUUCAGCGAUGCAAUGGCAUGCAAGUCGAAUCGGGGCCUGAUGCUGCGGACGGAAGCCUGAGUGGCGAACAGUUUCACCUGUUUUCCUUCACGCAUACCACCCGAGGGAACUGGCAACGACCGCUGGAAGCAUCCGAGAACAUGCAAGGAAGUCUUUGGUGUGAGCCAAGCUCAUCGCAAGACACCAUAAUAUCGAAUUUUGCCAGCCCCGACACUGAGAACUCCCCAAAGCCAACGGGCUGCAUAGUUCUCUUCGAAAUGGUGCGGCCUCACAGAGUCCAAGACCUUCUGCCAUCAAGCUGGGCCGGCAAGGCUUCACGCGUGAAGACUUGGAUGUGCUCAGCAUACCGGCCCAGCUCCAGACCGCGGGAGCAGUGA